GCAAGGGACAUGCAGGAAGGAUUGCGUAGGAAGGGAUUGAGGGCAGAGGGAAUCAUUAGCCUCCUCUGAAGACCAGGAAGGGGUUAUGGUGUGGCUGCAGGGUGCUGAGGUAAUUACUGAUGGGCACUGAGGGAGUGGAGGCUACUUGAGUGGCAGCUGCUUGAGAUACAAGGGAGUAAUGUGAGUGUAUGUGGGAUCUCCUUGCUGCUUCUAAGGAUGUCCUGGCAGUGCAGUUAUCAGUUGUGAAGGUGCUGGUAGUGAUAAUGGGGAUCUGUCAUAACCUAUUUGGGAGAAGAAAUAGAUCUUGUGCUCUGCCAAUGGUUUAAAUCUGCAGACAAUGCUCAGUCCCCCCAAAAAAACAUUCCCUUCUCUCAUAUGUAUUUUUGGUGUCUUGCAAAAUCCAGCAAAUCUGUUAUUAGAGUAUGGUUUUGUUGCCUUGUACAGCUUGGAGGCUUUCUUGUUGCUCCCUGUACAGGAAGAAUUUAAUAAAUACAUCACUGGAGCUCAUCUGGGGCUGGAGUGCCAAGAAAAACCCAAAACCUUUUCAAAGUACUGCUGCUCAGACUGAUUCAGUUAGUGCCCAGCUUUAGGGGGGAGAUUUGAUUAUCCAUUUACUGUAAGGGACAGAAAAAAUCGUUAUUAAUAACAACAAUAAUUCUUCAGAGAUUGCUGUACUGAUCUUACAUUUCUGAGGAAAAUCAGUAAAGUAAAUGCUCAAGUGAAUCAAUACCAGUCCAGUUAAUUCUGUGCUGAAGAAUGACAGAUUUAUUGUUAUACUUAAAGAAUGCAUCCUGCACUUGUGCAUUUGGGCUGGGAAUUUUAAGGGGAUUUGUGGAAGCCAAGUACCAAAAUUCCUUUAGCAAACAGCCUGUACCAAAAUUCUGAGUUAUUUUUCUUAAUUUACUUGGCCUCCUUUUAACAUCUCAAUCUUACAACAGUUGUGUGUUUAGGAUGUUUAAAAGUUCCAUGAAAAAUAUCAUAUUGAAUUGGUAUCUGCAAAGGUUGUGUAUAAAUAUUAAGGACUUAACAUGGCUUCAGGCUCAAGUGGAUGCUCAGGUAGGAAAGGAUUUGUUCUUGGAUUGGUAAAUGUCAGGUUUACUAAGUCACUUGGUGAUGGUAUUGAAGUUUCACAGUAAAAACAUUUUACUAACGUGUAGCAACUAUUAAAACUUUGACCUGGGAUGUUUCAGAAGUUCAAGGUAUUGCUGGUGGGAGUCAGAAGUUUCCAGAUUUCUGCAAAUGGAAUUAGCGGUAUUGGUGACAUAAAUAUGCAGGGGGUACAAAGACAGUGAUUAAUAGCUCUAGGCAAUUAUCCCUGAGUGUGAACUUCUCUUCAGCAGGAGAACAGGUAAAAUCUGCACAAGCAGGUUUCCAGCAGAGUGGGAGUAAAAUUCUUCUGGAUAAAACAUCACAAGAAAGAUAUUCCAAGGUGUGAGGAGCUGCAUGCAGAUAUAGACUCCAAGCUUACUGCCCUCAGCCCCCUCACUUGUUUCAGCAGCAGGCAUCAACUGCUCAUCUAGGGUCUAACUUCUAGCACAAGUGAACCAAAAAGCAUGGAAGAAAAGAAGAAAGAGGAGAAACCAGAAGAGCAAUUUACAGACCCUGAAUCAGCUGUCCCAGAAUCCUUACUAGAGUUUCAAAUUGAGGCAAAAGAAGAAGCAAUUGAUAAGGUUUUGCUUGCUUUGAAACAACUGGAAGAAAAGAACAAAGAAUAUUACGAAAGACAUGAGCUGCUGAAGAAGGAACUUCAAGCACGCAUCAGGCGCUUACUGGAGCAAAUAGACGAAGAGCAGAAAGAACGAGAUAAGGAGGUUGUAACUAGGGAUGAUGUGGAGAAGUCGCUGAUAGCAACAUGGCAGUAUGUUAAGGACAAAGAACAACUUCUGGAAGAUCUGCGCUCCCAGAUUGAAGAAAUCAACCAAAAAAUCUCAGUAAAGCAGAGUGAGAAAGAUGAUUGCUUGGAGUAUAAAAAUGUAGGAAGUAAAAUAGAAGCUAAGAAGAUUAUGAGUCUGGAAAAAGACAUUAAAGAAGUCAAAGAUGAUUUCCACAGAGCUACAGAAUAUUACAGAAAUGCUUUGAAAGCAAUGAAAGAAGAAAAUACCAGACUGGUUUUGAAGCACAUGGACUUGGUUAAGGAACAGGCCCCUGAGAAUGCUGUGAGAUACUUAGACAAAGACAGCUGCAGAGAAAUUGAAGAGAAUAGCUGGCUAAAAGAAGAGGUUAAGCUGUACCAAAAGGAAGUGAGUGAUUUGAAAGCCUCAAUUCAACUCCUGGAAGAAGAAAAUAUCGCUCUAGUGGCAAAACUGGUUGAUAGCAGACUUGAGUAUCUAGGAGUACCCAGGCAUCUUGCAGCUGGCUUGCCACAUGAGUUUCUUAAGGAUGGAAUGAAAGCAGUAGAGUAUAGCAAGUACACAGCAGAGGCAGAUGGGGAUGAAAGCCUCGGAAGUGCCACAGACUCCUGUCAGAAAACAAAAUUCUUUCCAAAGAUUCAGUCUACAUCAGACACUGAGGAGCUCCAAGAGAGUGAUGUGGAGGUACGGGAACAGCCACUCACUCCAACCCUGGGCAGCCUCUUUUAUGAAGAUGGAAAAGAUUUCCAGGAACACUUAGAACUGGCUCCUCUGGAGACAAAGCUGAUGUGUGUGAUUGGAAAAGCUAUGCCUAUUCAUGAACAAGCAGAAGAAAUGCCAAGCAGAAGGGGCACAGAAGACGGCAUGGGUCAUAAAUCAGACAGGCGCAUCACAGCUCGGAUGAUCAGGGCUUUAUCUAAAGAAAAGCGGCUGCGGUUCAACCUAGACCAAGCCCUGCAACCUCCAGUGAAGCAGAAAGGCCUGGCCUGGCUCCUCCGACCCAUCAGCCUGUGUCUGACUCAGGCAGGUUAUUAUUUAGUUCUGGUUUUACAGGAUCAUUUCAAAUAUGAUUUUUUUGGGAACUGUAGGGAAAACUCUUUUCCUUGAGGAUUAACUCGCUCUUUAUUUAUGAAGAGCCACAAACACUUUCUCCCACCCUGAAAUAACAUAAAACCCACGUGAAAGAUACCGAAUCACUUAAGUGGCAGGGAAUGCGCAAAGCAUCUCUCAGAAGCCCAAGAGAAAGUUAACAGAG